AAUUCACUGUGAUUUGCUGCUGUAGUCUGUAGGCUCAAAGAGGCUGGAUCUUCGCAGGUGCAGUAUAAGCUGCAGCUACCUGCUUAACUGGAUAAGGUUUUCAUCAUGGAAAGGAGGCUCCUGAAGAAGGAAAUGAAAAAGCUCCUGGGAGAUUAUAUUGGCACCAGACUUCGGGAAAAUGAAUUUGACCCAAAAGGAAGAUGGCGACUCACCUUCCUAGAUGAUAUGGCACACUAUGACUUGGCCAUCAGCGUUGCUUUGCAAUGGCUGGAUCACUCAGAAGACUUAACUUGGCUGGAGUGGGAGGAAGUAAAAAUGCCAUUUCGUGGCAGACCUAUAUACCCAAACCGUAAAGAACGAGAAGCAAUGAUUUUAUCAUCUUACGCUGGAGUCUUAAUGAACAGUCUCCCAGUUGAGGAAGUCUUUAGAAUUUAUGGGGUUGAUUCUUCUGCCAAUUCUCCUACAGCCAAGGUUCCCCGAGCUCCACCUUUCCGCCUCUCUUUGCACCCUUUUGCCAUGUUAACAGCACCCAAAGCAGCAGAAUAUGCCCGCAAACAGAGUUUCAAGCUAAGAAGGCGAACACUGACUAAAAAUGUGAAGAACAACUCUACAAGGGAAGUAAACACCAUGGAGAGGAAAUCAUCAAAAAACUUACCUUUGGAUACACAGCCUAAGAACAAAAUCACCUUCUAUGAGGACCGCAGCUUCCAGGGCCGCUGCUAUGACAGCAGCCACGACUGCCCCAUCCUGCCAACCUACCUGAGUCUCUGCAACUCCAUCCUCGUGGACAGCGGCAUCUGGAUGCUUUACGAGCGCCCCAACUACCAGGGCCACCAGGACUUCCUGCGGAGGGGCGGGCGACCCCGACUACCCGCCUGGAUGGGCCUGGGUGACCCGGUGGUGCGCUCCUGUUGCCGCAUCCCGGAAACAGGCCCCCAGAAGCUGCAACUGUACGAGAGGGACCACAAGGGCCUCAUGAUGGAGCUGAGCGAUGACGGCUCACGCCUCGAGGACGGCUUCCACCUUAGUGAGCUGCGCUCCCUGCACGUGCUGGAGGGCUUUUGGGUCCUGUACGAGCUUCCUGACUACCAGGGGUGCCAGUACCUACUGAGGCCCCAGGAGUACAGACGGUAUCAAGACUGGGGGGCCGCGGAUGCCAACGUGGGCUCUUUUCAAAGAGUGCUGAAUGUAUAUUAAGAUGGUUAACCCUACCACAGGCCCCAUUUGGAAAGAAUAAACUAUUUAGUGUGUG